AUGGCAGUGAUACAAGGACCUGUGACAGAUGCAGAUGGACGGUGGGGAACCAAGGAGCCCUCCCCACCUGUGUUGGCUGUUGUCGGUGAUUACUACUCAGAGAUAUCCAUAGCAGUUACUAGGCAACUUAACCUGGAGUAUAUCCCUCAGAUAAGUUAUGGUUCAACCUCUGGUCUCCUGAGUGAUAAGAACCGUUUUCCAAGCUUUAUGAGGACAGUGCCAGAGGACGAUCAUCAAGCACGCGCCAUCAUCGAGAUUCUCAAAAACCACCAAUGGACCUGGGUUGGCGUAGUGACAACUGAUGGUGACUACGGCCGCUAUGCACUGGAACGCCUCAAGUACUAUGCAGCAGAAAACAAUAUCUGCUUUGCCUUCACCUCUAUCAUCCCAGAUGUUCUGGGUGACAGCAAAGUCAAGGGCCGCAUCGAAGCUAUAGUUAAAAGCAUUACUGAAAAUCAAAAAGUCAAGGUCAUCGUGUCCUUCGCCAAACCUUACCAUAUGAAGUAUCUUUUUGCCAGUCUUCUCAAAGAUCCUCGAGGCAGGGAGAAUGUUUGGGUUGCCAGUGAUAAUUGGUCGGAAUCACGAUUUGUAUUGGGAAAUUGGUCUUUAAAUGAUGUAGGAACAGUCAUUGGGAUUACAUUAAAAACUGGAAACACAACCAACUUUAACCAGUACCUUAGUAAUCUCGAUGUGAACCCUGACCACCACAAGAACAACUCAUUCUUGUAUAAGUUUCUUAAGGAACAACAGCAAGAAAAUGAAACUAGUUCUAAUCAUGACCGUGCUCUCAGACUGGUGAAACGCUCGUACCCUGUAGAUGCUGAUGACACAGCCAAUGAGGUACUAAUUAAGAGGAUAUAUCCGUAUGCUGUGUUCAGUGUUGAGUUGGCAGUCAGAGCUAUUGCUCAGGCUGUUGCAGACCUAUGCGUCAACAGGGACUGUAAGACGAAGGAAAGAUUACAGCCCUUGGAGGUACGAGGAGCCUUAAGGAAGGCAACGUUCCACAUGGAUGGGCAAAACUAUAAAUUCGACGACAGGGGUGACCUCAACUCAGGAUAUGAUGUCAUCCUGUGGAGGCAGGAUGCAUCAACCUUCGUGGACGUGCACUACAUUGUGGCUAAUUAUGACAUAAGAAACAAGACGCUUAAUUUCACCUCACCACAAGCAUAUCAAGAUGUCAAUAAUGUCACAGGAAAUGUGACUUCCAGGUGCUCAAAAACCUGUAAACCAGGUUAUAGGAAGCAGUCAUCUGAGGUUUGGCCAGUUUGCUGCUAUGAAUGCCACCCCUGCCCUGUGAAUCACUUUUCCAACACAACGGAUGCCACACAGUGUCAACGGUGUAAUACUGAUACUCAUUACUCCUCCAACGCAAGUGCAAUCUGUCACCGCAAGCAAACUGUUUUCCUGAGUUGGCGUGAUAGGUAUCAUAUCGUGCUGCUGGCAUUUACUGCUCUAGGAGCACUGCUUACCCUUACUGUUGGGAUCAUCUUCUUAGCACGUUGGAAUACCCCUGUUGUGCGUGCAAGUGUCGGCCCCAUCUGCAUCAUCCUCCUCUUCUCUCUCCUCAGCACAUUUGUGAGUGUGAUAUUAUUUGGUGGUAAACCCAGUGACUGGCAGUGCCAAGCUCGUCAGGUAAUGUUUGGCUUGAGCUUCACCCUAUGUAUCUCUUGCAUCAUGGUCAAGUCCUUCAAGAUCAUCUUGGCCUUUGAGUUUGACCCCAGCAUUCAGAGAGUCCUGAAGAAGCUCUACCAGCCCUUCAUCAUUAUUGCACUGUGCAUGGUAGGUCAAGUUCUCAUUUGUGCCUUGUGGCUUGCACUUAAGCCUCCAAAACCCAAAUGGGAUUCAAUGGAAAUGUUACGUCUGCGUUCUUGCAAUGAAAAGUCAUUUCUUGCAUUUGGUGCCAUGUUAGGCUAUAAUGGCAUUUUAGCUUUAAUCUGUUUUGGCCUUGCUUUCAAGGGUAGAAAUCUACCUCGUUGUUACAAUGAUGCAAAGUUCAUCACCUUUAGUAUGCUGAUUUAUUUCAUUUGCUGGAUCAUCUUUGGCCCAGUGUAUGCCACUGUCACAGGCAAAUACCUUCCAGCAGUAGAGAUGGUCGUCAUCCUCCUCUCAGCCUACGGCAUCCUGUUUUGUCUGUUCUUCACAAAGUGUUACAUAAUUCUGUUUAAGCAGGAAGCAAACACAGAGAGUGCGUUCCGCCAGGAAGUCAGGAACCAUUCCUUGGGUGAAAUUCAAGGUUUGAGUGCUCUGAAUUUGGUCUCAUCUUCAUCUAGCUCUGAGGGACUCCAAAACCGUGCUUUAGAUCUGGAGUCAUCAACGUCCAAUCCAAUGAAAUCAGAUCCACCGAAGCCAACCAUAAGCUCUAGCCCACAGUCAUUCUCCAUUUGUCCAGACUCAAACUUACUGCCUACUAGGCUGCAGAAUGACCACAAUGUCAAUACAAGAGAUUUAAGGAGGUAUUUAAGCAUGCCAUCAUAA